GCGGGCUUCAAGAUGUCCGGCCCCAACGGGGACCUGCCCAUGCCAGUGGAGACCAGCGUCGAAGAGGACGACUGCUUUGGGGAAGCAGGUGUCAUUCCUCGUCCUCCACGGGUGAUCAGGAACGUGGGCUCCUCUGCUCCCUCCUUGCUUAACAGCCCAUCCCCACUCUGAAGUGCCCGGGGUUCCCGGUCUAAGUAGGACCUGCUGACUCUGGGGUGGAAAGAUGGGGGAAUCCCGGAGUGGGGGUCUGCCACUUCCCGUUUGGAUUGGUCCCCAGCCAGGACAUAAAGAAAGAACACCAGGGGCUCUGAAGGGGCACAAGUGGAGGGAGACGCAGCAUCCGCACGAAGCAAAGCCCAGCGAGGACCUUAAGCGGCCGCGGGAGUGGAAAGAAUAUGCAGCCAUCAACUCUAUGCUGGACCAGAUCAAUACUUGCUUGGAUCACCUGGAGGAAAAGAAUGACCAUCUUCAUGCCCGGCUCAAGGAGCUGCUGGAAUCUAACCGGCAAACAAGAGUGGAGUUCCAGCAGCAGCAGCAGCAGCAGCUCAGUGAGGGUCCACCUUCGGCUAAGCCCCACCAAUAGGCCCUGGGGGCGGCUAUCCCCUUAUCCUCCCCUUUCCACAGCAGCCUCGGAAGCUCCUGCCCUGGAGAAGGCAUUUCCUGGGUGAGUCAGUGGCUCCUAAGUCUCUUCUUAAAGGGACAAAGAUGCUUCCCCAGCCCACAGGCUAUGAACACCAUCUGGACAGCCACAGAGACCCUGUUAAGCUUGGGUCUUAGUCUGUCAUCUCCCUCGUUUGUAUCUCCUGGUCCCCGGGCCCAACCAUCGGAUUUAAUCCCAGAGGACCACCUAGGACUGGAAUAGCUGCCAACCUGAGGGUAGGAGAUUGGUUGAUUGAAUCCAGUUACUCCAAUCCCCAUAAGGUUAGGCUCCUCAGACCCGGGGUCGGAGUUUGGGAGGGGGACAGGGAUCAGUUGUCAUUAAAAAGAUGUCUUUCACUGUGUCUCUUA